AAACCUUGUUGCUCUUUGCGCUUUUUGACUCUGCCUGCUUCUCCUCUCUCUCUCUCAUGGCGGCGGCGGUGGCGGCGUCGGCGUCGACGCCGCAGGGGGUGGCGGAGCGGCGGGGCAUCCCGGCGGCGGCGUUCGUCGAGGACGUCGAGGCCUACCUCCGACAGGCCGGGCUCGACGUCAACUCCGCCCUCGCCUUCCUCCAGGAAAGGUUGCAGCAGUACAAAAUAGUGGAGAUGAAGCUUCUAGCACAACAAAGGGAUCUUCAGGCAAAGAUUCCUGAUAUAGAGAAGUGCUUGGAUAUUGUUGCAACAUUACAAGCUAAAAAGGAUUUGGGUGAGGCACUCAUAGCUGAUUUCGAAUUAUCUGAGGGAAUCUACUCCCGUGCGAAAAUUGAGGAUACCGACUCGGUGUGCCUUUGGUUAGGUGCAAAUGUGAUGCUGGAGUACUCUUGCGACGAGGCCAAUGCCCUCUUGAAGAAAAACUUGGAAAAUGCCAAGGCCAGCUUAGAAGUCCUUGUUGCUGAUCUUCAGUUCUUGCGAGACCAACAAACCAUCACUCAGGUUACAAUUGCUCGGGUAUUCAACUGGGAUGUACACCAACGGAGAAGCAAACAAGCCAUAAAAGAAACUUGAUCAGUUAUAUCACAAGGCCAACCAAUGUGAUUGGGACAAAUUUUUUUUGUACGUUUUGCUACCUCUGGCAGAUGAGUCCAUCAUAGCGAGCUCUUUGUUGUUGAUGGUUCAUUUGCUGUGUAACAAUGUAUCGAUUUAUUCUGUUUUAUGGCGUCGGAACAUUAGUAGAAGAUUUCAUUUCACUGCUCCUUUUCCCCACUGGAUGCCCAUAUUCUGGUUUGAUGGAUCACAUUUCACAAGAUAUUUUACUAUGCUUCAGGGUUUACAGAGAA